AUGGGUUGGAAGACCCAGCCAUUUGAUAAUCCAAUGCUUCACAUCAAUGUUGUUACGGGUGCAAAUUUCGCGUUGCAAAAUCUGUUCGGGUGUCUAGACAAUUUCCCCAGUUGCAGACAUGGGUGGGAGUGUGGUAGAUGGAAUGACAUGAGCGCCCACCUUAGGUUUCAAGAGAGAAACAUGGAAAGUGGGAUGAAUACGAGAAUGAGGAGGAGAGUGCCAGAGUAUAUGCCACCUUACCCACACGAGCCAUAA